CGCCAUGAUUCUUGUGCAGAUGUUUUCAGAGCUCAGACUGAGGAGAUUGCACGCUAAGCUAACGGCCUGAAGCUCUGCACUUAAACCAGUUUCAAUGCACUCAUCGACGUUGUAGAGAUACAAGAGUCUCCAAGAUAACAUUCAAUCUUGGGUUAUGGCGACCAGUGCCGGGGAUGAUGAGUUUGAUGAAUAUGAUAAGCCUGGUGCUGAAAGGUCAAGAAGACGGAGAGGAGAAGAUGAUGACUUGGAAAGUGAUUUGGAGGAGGGAGACUUACUUGAAGAAGAUUGGCUGUCAUCAAAAAAGAACCCCUCAGAGCUGUCAGAUGAGGAGCUAAAUGAUGACCUGUUACAAAGUGAUGAAGAAGACCAAAAUGCAAGUGGUCAGGGUGACGUUGUGAGUUUAAAUGCCACACUGGGUCUGGGCACGUCUGGGCACCUUCAAGAUGAAGACCCUGACGGAGGUGGAUACACUGAAUACACCUAUGAAGAGACAGAGGGGGGCCAACCGGGUUUCUCUCAGGGUGAGGAGUAUGCGGGAAAUGAGUACCAAGGAGAAGAUGAAGAGGUGGAAUACACAGGAGACCAGAAUUGUGAUGAAUAUCAAGAUGAAGUGCUGGACCUACAGAUCGACGAGCCACUGGAUGAUGAUUUUCAAGUGGAUGAAUACCCGACUGUGUAUAGGGAAGAGCAGACUGACCGACAAGAAGUGCCUGAGGAGGAGGAAACUGAGGAGCAGGACCGCUUUCAGGUUAAAGAAUUAGAGGAGGUGGAGAAUGAAAACGAUCCAGAGGCUGAGCUGGACACUGAUGUAAAAGAGGAGUCCGAUGAGGAGGAGGAAGAUGUUGAAGAAUCCGGCCGCCUGCGAUUUAAGACAGAGCGCAAAGAUGACACAGUGGUCAGACUCUCUGAUGCCACCAGUAAAAGAAGGAACAUCCCAGAUACAUUAGAGCUCUCUGAUGAAGCAAAAGCAGAUCUGUGGGAGUUUGAGGAAAAGGAACGUCAGAGGAAGCAGGGCCGUUUUGGAGGACGAGGGAGAGGAGCAGAUGGAGGGAGGGGAGGAAUGGCGGUUAGAGGUGGGUUCAGGGGAAGGGGAGGACCAGGAGGACGAGGAGUCAGUGGAAGAGGCGAUUUCCCUCUAUUUGGAAUGGGAGGUUUUCGUGGUGUUGGAGGUCGAGGGAGAAUAAAUGAGCAAAGGCCUCCGCUGAUGCAAGUGAACUUGGGAAUGCAGCAGCAACUCAGAAUGACUCCUCCACCUCAGCAUCACCACCAUCAGUCUCGUCUGCCUGGUCCAAGGGGCAGUGGAGGUCCUGGGCUAUUCCCGGAUCCGGGCACCCCAAUUCCUCAGCAGCCGCUGCAGCUGUUGAUGCCACGUCUGGCCCACCAUUCCCCGGGGCCCAAAACACAACAUGACACGCACGUACCACGCUCAUUGAACUCACCGCUGAGGCACUCACAUGCACAUCCCAACCAACACCAGCAGCAUCAACAGCAUCACCCCAAGAACAUUCACAUCAACCCUCACUUCAGAGGACCUUCCUCCUCAUCUGUGCAAGUUCCUUCAAUGCCUCCUGUGCAGAACCAACCGAGGCCUAACAUCGGUCCACAGAGACCCCCGGCUCCUCCUGAUUUCCAGCAACAUCUCCAAGGGAAUUUUGGCCCACCUCAGCGGCCUCUCCCCCACCAGGAGCAAUGGAGAGGACCACCGCCACAUCAUCGGGAUCCAGAGCACUUCUUCCCUGGUGAGCCACGUUUUUCGGGCCAGCACAUGUUUGACCAGCCAGGCCCUGCCCCCCUCAUGAAUAACAGUGUUCUUCCGUUAUCAGGGCAAGGCCCUCCAUCUUUCCCCCCACAAGGGGGACACCGAAGUCCUGGAUUUGGUUCUCUGGUGCUUGGGCAGAACCAAGGGCCUCAGGGAGGAGGUAUUUUCCAGAGAGAGCCCCCUCGGCCGGCUUUGGCCCCGCAGCAUGGAGGCCCCCCUGGUCCCCGUGGCUUUGUGGGUCACAGACAGCCCUUCUCGCCCCAACAGCAGGGACCCCCCUUUAGCCCCCAGCACGUACAGUUUGGUAUGCAGGUACGCCAGAGAGGUCUAAUGCAGCUGCCCCUGCACCAUGAUCUGCCACUAUCCCAUCAAUCCUUGCACCAGCAGCACCAGCAACACAGACAGGACUUGCCCCUCCAGGGUCUACCUCACUCCCAGCCUCCACCCCAACACCAACAGCACCAUCAACACCACCCAAGGGACCAACAUCCCAUGGUGCACCUCUCUCAGCCCCACUUCCGCCAGUUGAAUCAAAGACAGAUGCAGUCACGACCACAGGGCAACCAGCAACGAAACAACCAUGCCAGACCCAAAAUGAUGCCUCCUUCUCCACUGCAGCAGAUUCCCCCUCAACGCAACAGCAACCUCCGUGAGCUGCCCAUCGCCACAAGCAACAAUAACCGCCCGCCAGUGCCUAGUGGGCAAGCAAAGCCUGUUACCAUGGCAACACAGAAUGUUAGACAAGGGCAGGCUGCCCGUGCUGGACCAGCAGGAAGGGGAGGAUCUGUGGCACAAGGGCUGGGAGCUGCCAAAGCAUCAGAGCAGCCCAGUGUGCCUGAGAUGCAGAAAGAGUGUCCAGAGGACCCAGAUGAAGAUGAGGAGACACGUCAGUACAGACUCAAGAUCGAAGAACAGAAGCGCCUGCGAGAAGAGAUCCUCAAGCGCAAAGAGCAGCGCAGACAGAUGCAGGCUGGUAUGCGCAAAAAAGAACUGAUGGAACGGAUAAGUGGCCAGAACCCAAACCAGACUCCACAAACUCAGAACCCCACACAGUACCCUGCAGCCCAACCCCCACAGCCGGUCCCUUCACUGAUCUCUAACGGUACCCCCCAGAACCCUUCGUCAGGUCUUAGUUCCCCUCAUCCAAAUGUGAAGGCCCGGCUGCAGAACACUAAUCCUCAGGCACAGACUUCAGGCUGGUCUGGGCCACAGAAGCAACAGAACGCUGGUCCUGAAGCCAGCCAGCAGGGCCAAUGGCAACCACAGCAGAAGAGGACCAUGACCCCACAAAACACUCAAAGACAAGGUGCUGCUCAGACCAGCCCAUCAGAAGUGCCAGUGGGUCAGCCUCAGCCUGGGGGAAAGAGAACAGUGAUGCAAAGAGCGAGCAGCAUAGAAUCACCACAGGUUCCACAGAAAGUGCGAGUAGUUAAGCUUCUAGGAGAGCAGGCAGAUGCCGGUCCCAACACUGGUCCCCCACAGCAGCAGCAACAACCAAUUGGUCGGCCUGUCCCCCAACAGAGACUUGGUCCCAUCAGGAAAGUUACCAUGGCAGCUGGUGGUGUACAAAAUCAACAACAGGCUGGCCGUGGCAUGGCAAACCAAAUGAACCGGGUGGUAGUUCGGGGUCGAGCACGUGGCCGUGGUGGGGGGCGUGUGAUGCAGCAGAACCCAAGAGCUCAGGAUUGUCAGAGAAGCACCGUCUGCAUUGAAGGUUUAUCCACCACCACAACCAACAAACAGCUCAUGAACCUUCUCAACUCCAUUGGCCCUGUUGAGAUGUUUACAAUGUUGCCGGAGCAGCGGAAGGCCAUUGCCAAGUUUGUGAACCCACAGCAUGCAGUGAGUUUUCAGCACAGCUUUCACAGGCACAUGAUAGAUUUGUCUCACAUCGAUGUUUCCGUUAUUGAUGGCUGAGGAACAAGUCAGUUCAACAGACCAGACGAUGAGAAGUGAGCAAGAAGAGAACGUCUUUUUCUGAAAGACAGACGCACAAUCAGAAGGCUAAAGCUUUGGAAUCUGUGUGGAGAGUGCUGUCGACAAACUCAAGCCACAUGCAUGAAGGAAUCAAAAACAUGCUGGAAAUGGCACAGCAUUGAACUCAUGUCGUGAAUGACUUUGGCAUGAAGUCUCGCACUUGUUUCUGUACUUUCAUUUAUAUGGAGUAAUCAGUAAUGGUCUAAACCAGCAGGUGAAAAGAGACAGAGGUAUGAAACAAGACAUUUUUAUGCCAGUUGAUAAUAGUUGCUCCCAUCCUCUAGCUCUCAACGUAAUUAGAAAAAAUCUUUUGAAUGGCUGUUUUUGGUCAAAUAGGAUUUCCAGAAUGUUUUUUUUUUUUUUUUGUGGAAUUUCCACAGUCAUUGACUUGAACAAAGUUAAGCAGGUGGUUUGGCCUGAUUGAAUAGUAAUGUGUAUGCUGCAGUUGUUUUUGUCACCUGUAGAGGGCAGCAGAUGCCUUCGGUAUGGCGCUCUGUAUG